AGUGUAGAGCGAGCUGCUAUGCAGAACGCUGCAAUGGCAGCCUUAGCAGUUGUAAAAGUUUGUUCCCAAGUUUAUCGGAACGUAGCUUUUUGUGUUUACAGAACCAGAGAGGCGUACUUUUUAGGCAGAAAUGAAUUUAUAAGUGUAAGAUUGUUUUCGACUCAUGGAGUCCCAAACAUGUCUAACUCAAGAAAGAGCAGUACACUAAUGUAUGGGCUCUUGGGUAUUAGCAUGGGUGCAUUAGUCGGUGCCGGUUAUUCGUAUCAUAAGAAGACAGAAACGCAAUCACCUGCCAUAUUAAAUAAAAAUAUGGGCACAACAAGUGCCGUGUUAGAAACUCCACCAGAUUUCCAGAUCUCUAGAAAGGUUGUUGUACCUGCUGACAAUACUGGAUUAAAGCUAACACUGUUCCAGUAUACAACUUGCCCAUUCUGCUGCAAAGUUCGAGCUGUACUUGAUUACUAUGGUUUUUCUUAUAACAUAAUUGAAGUGAAUCCAGUUCUAAGGCAACAAAUUAAGUGGACUGAAUACAAAAAGGUUCCUAUAGUACUGGCACAUGUUGAUGGUGUUUAUCAGCAAAUGAAUGACAGUUCCAUGAUCAUCUCUGCAUUAGCAUCAUAUCUUCAUGAUAGAAAUCAAGGGUUGGAGGAAGUUGUGAAGUUUUAUCCCAGUAUAUCAUUUACCGAUGAUGAUGGAAAGUUAAAAAAUGAUAUUUUGAAUCGUUAUUUUCUAAUGUACCAAGGGAAUAUUCCACAAGACAAAACAAAGGACACAAUAUUGAAAGAAAGGCAAUGGCGAAAGUGGGCAGAUGAUGUGCUGGUUCAUAUGCUGUCUCCUAAUGUGUACCGGACAAGAGAAGAGGCUCUUCAGGCCUUCAACUGGUUUUCAGAAGUGGGAGAAUGGGAGAAGCACUUUUCAACUUGGGAGAGGUAUCUUGUCGUCUAUGUCGGAGCUUAUGCAAUGUGGAUCAUUGGGAAGAGGCUAAAGAAAAGACAUAACUUGAAAGACAAUGUCCGAGCUUCCCUGUAUGAUGCGUGCAAUCACUGGAUGAAGUCAAUGGCAAAACAGGGGACAGAAUUCAUGGGUGGAGAGAUGCCUGACCUCUCGGACCUGGCCGUGUACGGCGUUCUGAGCAGUAUUGAGGGAUGUGUCACGUUCCAGGACCUGCUACAACACACAUCCAUAGGGAAAUGGUAUUACAGCAUGAAACAGAAUGUACAGAGCCAUGCUGGGUGCAGCAUCAUGAAUGGCUGAAACUGAAGCAUAGUUUCGUUACAUGUACAGUAGAUAAUGUUCUUUUGUAAUUUGUUAAUACUCAAAUUCCAUACUACUGCUGGGGAGAAUAAAACUGGUAAAAUUAGACAGACUCAGGAAAAUGUAAAUGCUGUUUUGCAGCUUACAUGUAAAAGUAUGUCAAAUGUAAAUAAAUUAAAAUUAAAGCUUCAUUGCAGUUAUGUAUAAUCACUUUAUGGCAUAUUUAACUCCAUAGUAUUUUACUUGAUUCUCUGUGCUCAUAGUAAUCAUGUGAAACUAAUUAAAAGAUUUGAAAAUAAAUUCUUUAAACCUA